ACAAUUAGUUCACAGUUCAGACCUCGGGUAGGAUUCAUCACCCUCGCGUCAGUAAUUGGCAGACUGCGUUAACAUGAUGAGGCUUUCUGUGGUGUUCUUGAUGAUGCACUUGUGUUGGCCUGCCACUGGCUCUAAGGCUGAGAAAGGGUGCUAUGAACCUUGGUUGCUGGAAAGAGCAGAAGUGGCUCUAGAUGAAAUGAAUAAAAAUAGAAAAGAAGGAUACAUACUGAAACUAGACCGACUUUAUGACUUCAGCAUGGAGCCAAAGGGAGAAACUGGGACGGAUUACAACUUCUUCAUGGAUGUGGUGGAGACGGAGUGCCAUGUUCUGAGCAGAAAACCAUUUAAGUCAUGUGAGGUCUAUGGUGUUUAUGGUGUAAGAGUUUAUGGACGCUGUGUGAUAUCAAUGGGUCCACAUGAAAUGGUAACAAGAUACAACUGUGCUCUUUUAAAAGCGAAACCAUCAGCCAUCCACACGAGGUGUCCAGAUUGCCCCACAGAUAUAGACUUGGAUUCAAACGAUAUGGAGAAGGUGAAACUGACUCUCCAGCAGUUCAAUUCAAAAAGUGGAUGGCUCAAAUACUUUGCCUUGCUCAAUGUUACGAAGGCAACAAUGCAGUGGGUUGUCGGCCCUUCCUAUUUUUUUCAAUAUACAAUUCAAGAGACCAUCUGCACAAAAUGCAUGACUAAUGUCAACGUUGCUCACUGCAAAAUGGACAAGUCAGAGUCUGCUAGAGUGGGAUUCUGCAAGGCAUCACACUGGAGUCGACACAACUUUGAACCGUUCCUGAUCGAUGUAAACUGUGAAAUAUAUGAACCUGACCGCUGGGGUGACCAACCCAAACCCUUGCUGGGGUCUGUGGAAGUUCUCACCUCUGCUUGCACUUUGGCUCCAAGACUACCACCGAAAAGCAAGAACUGUCCUGGAAAUUCUAUAAUUCCCAGGGAGAUGUGGUUCGGAACAUAGCAGAGAGAGAGAAGGCUUCUCUGAACUUCCCAAGAAGAUGUGGGACUGAACAUGGCAGACCAAGAAGACUUUUCUGAAAAAAGCAGAAAUGUUCAAAAUAAAAAUAAGAAACAUU